AUGGCCAAAGAUGGACCAUACCUCCAAUCUGGUCAAGUUAUAAUUGUUUACGUUGAUUCUGUCGUAAUAAGAUCUGCUAAACCUUAUUUGGCCACUCCGGAAGCAACUGUUCAUGGCCAGUACGGAAAAAUCAUUUACGAAGGGGAUACAUUAGUUACAUUUAUCAUUUUCUAUAGGUACAACCUUACGUAA